AUGGACAACAUCCUAUGGAUGCAACCUUUAGAGGGUAACCAAGUCGUCAUAUUAGAGUUGUUCCAUGUUGGCAUAGUUGUGUCGCUAGGUGAGAUCAUAAAAUCACUAGCUCCCAACCGACACCGAGGACAUAUAACUUCUUCACUCAAUUCUGAAGGAUCAAGUGAUGAAAAUACUUCUUCUAAAGUACUUAAUCCUUAUUGUUCACCGGUACAUCAUUCCCGGAGAAGGUCUCUAGAGAAACCUCCAAAGCUGAAAGGUUACAACGAAACUGAUGAUUUAUAUGAGCAUGUUGAACAUGUAGACAAUAAGAUAUAUGACUACCACACUAAAUGGGUUGUCAAGUUCAUGCACUUGGUAAUGAGGCUCAUGGGAUCCAUGAUGACUUGGUUCAAAAUGUGA